AUGGAAACAUUAAGAGGUAUAAAAAUAUUUGGAUAUGGUACUUUAAUACCCAUGGAUUUGAUCCCAUCAAAUAAUGAAAAAUCACAAACUAAUUUUAAUGAAAAUCCCAAUGAUAUAAAUGAAAUAUUAUUAUAUGGAUCUUAUUUAAAUUCACAAGGUAUUAAUACACCAAUAAAUCAUAAAGAAUCUUUAGAUGAAUUUAAAGAAUUACCUUGUUUUUCAAAUAAAUAUGAUGAAAGGAGUUUACAACAAGAUGAAUCAUUUGGGAUUAAUAGUCCAACAAGAUUUAGUUCAAGUGAUCAAUUAAAUUCGUUAGAUAAAUAUACUACACAAAGUACGAUACAGAGUAAUAAUAAUGGGAAUAAUGGGAAUAAUAAUGUAUUAUUUAAUAAUGGGAUGUUUAAUGGUAAUUUAUUUGAUAAAAUUGUUGAAAAAGCGGAAUUUGGUAGAGUUGUUAUGGGAGUUCAAGAUAUAUGA